GAGAGGGAAGUAGUUGUAUUGAUGUUUGAGGCACCGUGAGCUGGCGGCGCACGCAGUUUUAUAUGAAGCUAUUGAAAGAGCCGUAGCUGUCGGUUGUUCUGAUAAGACCCUGCAAAUAUUUUGCCGUAUGACAUAAAAUGUCUAUCGAUUUUGAUAGCGGAGCCUUACAGACUCAACAUGAUGAUGACGAUGAGGAAUAUGAUAAAGAGGAUUAUGCCAGAGAGCAGGAGCUACAACAGCUGUUAACUGAUCUGCCCCAUGACCUGCUUGAUGACAGUUUAUCAUCUUCUCCUGAGCCCAACUACAGCGACUGCAGUGGCCAUGAAAUAUCCGAACAAAAUCCCCAUUGGCGUCCUGAUACUAGCUGGGGUCCUGCUGAAGAAAUUCCCAAUCCACAAAAGUUGCCUUAUAGCAAUGUUUAUCCCGCUAACCAGUAUUGCUCAGAUUAUGUGGGCAAACAAGGUGGAGACCAGAUUCCUAAUGGAUGGCAUACUCACAAUGAUGAUGAUGAUGAAGAGACCAUGUAUGGAGAAAAAUACAAUUAUUCAAAGGGCUGUGCAAAUGAUCAGUCUGCUGGAGAGGAUUGUCAUACGGAAAAUCGUUUUGAUGCGCCAGACCCUUGUUCAAAUAGUGACUUGUACCAUCUUCCAGAGGACUUCAAACCAUACACUAAUGGUCAGCAGGGUGAAAGUUUUCCUGACCACAAUAAAGAAGCUUUCCAGAGAUUUGUGACCCCUGAAGGAAUAAACAACCAACCUACUGAGUCUAUUCAAGUUUCGUACAAUCCAUACCAGUUGAAUGUGACACGGAAAGAUUUGUUAAAACUAGAUCCAGGAAGGCGAGAUGAUCGCUUUGAUGACCUGCAAAGAGAGUUCCUUGAUACUGGUGAAAGUUCUGCAGCCAAUAUGCAGUAUGUACAACUUCAAGUGCUGUACAAAGCAAGAGGUAGACAGCUUCAAGAACUAAGCGAGAAGCUGGAAGAAAGUCAGCAGCAAAUAAGAUAUCUGAAUCAUCAGCUUGCAAUAAUUAAAGAUGAGAAGGACGGUUUGGCAAUCAGCCUGCAGGAGUCUCAGACACUAAUUCAGAAUGGCAAGGAAAUGGAAGUCCAGUUAAAAGGGCAGAUGACUGCUCUGGAGAAAACCGUUGAGAGUUUAACAUUGAAUGAUGAUCAGCUGAGAAAGGAAUUAAAAGUCGCCAAGGUAGCAAUGGAGAGCAUGCAGCAGCAGGUCCUGGACAUGUGUCGUUCUGAUUCAAUACAACGAGCGAGAGACCAACAUGAAGCGGUUGUGUCAGUGCUUACAAAAAAGCAUGAAGAGCAAGUGUUCAGUCUCCAACAGAAGCUGGAUAAUGUUAACGCUGCCCUUCUACAACAGAAAGAAUUAUGCUCCAGAUUAGAGACUCAAGUGAAGCAGGCUGAGCGAAAACAGGAAGAAAGCAAACUGGAAAAGACUGAAAUAAUAAACCGGCUGUCUAGGAGCUUAGAGGAAAGUCAGAAGCAGUGCGCUAAUCUUUUACAGACAGGCUCUCUACAGGAAGCAACACAGUUACGGUUGCAGCUUCAACAGAUACAAUCUUCAAAAGCCAUAAGCGAUGGCAUGAAUAAAGCAUUGCAGGAUGAAAUAAUUGAACUGAAGGAACAAAUUACAAUGUAUGAAUCUGCUGCGAAUAUGGGCGUUUUCAUCAACAGUGUAGAACAAGAAGAACUGUCUGACUCGUAUGUUGAUCUGGGAAUUAAAAAAGUGAACUGGCAAAAAUCUCGUUUCCACAGAGUAAUGCACAAUAAUGGAACUAAGAAGGAUCUCACUGGGGAUGGGACAAUUAAUGAACUUAAAAGUGAGCUUGAACGUUGCUUAAAUAGCAAUAAAUCCAAACGCCAGCAAAUUAUUCAGCUACAGUCUGAUUUGAAGACAUGCCAUUUAAAGACCGAGGAACUGGAGAAGUCAUUGGCAAGAGCAGAGAAAAAAGCUAGAGAUUGUGAGAUCAGAACAGGUAGCUUGGAAAAGCAAUUUGAUCCAGAAUUCCCAUAUGGUCAGGCAUCAAGUGAAGCACUUAAAGAGGAAAUUCAGAAACUUCAAAAUGAGAAGCAGCUAUUGCAACAAGAAGUUGAGAAGCAUUUACUGUGUAUUAAAGGACUUAGAGAAAAUGAAGAGAAAAUGAAAAUGGCAAACCAAGAACUUUGCAAUGAAAUGAGAGGAAUGAUACAGGACUUUGACAGAGAUAAACAGGAAGCCAUACAGAGGUGUGAGAGGACAUAUGAACAGCACCAUGAAGAUAUUAAGAAACAUUUAGAAGUGGAGCUUUCAGAGGGAUUUUCUUUGGAGAAGCAACAGUUGUGCCAGCACUAUGAAGAGAGAAUAUCCCAGUUACAAGCCCAGAUUAAUGAUAUGACCCUUGAGAUGACAGCCGUGCAGGAGUGCUACAUAGCAGUUUGUAAAGAGAAGGAUACUUUGGAAGAUACUAUACGAGAGAAUCUAAAGAGAGACCUUCAAGUAAAUGAAGAAAAGCUCAGAGAUAGAAUACUAAAGGAGUCUGAAAAGUCUUUGGAAACCCUAAAAACAGAGCUUGAGGACAAAUACCAAUCAACUCUGUCAGAAGCAAAGGCUCAAUGGCAGAGCGAAAAAGAAAUAGAGCUGAAGCAACGUGUUGAGGCUCAAAUGGUGUUGUCAAAAGAAAACUGGAGUAAGGAGCAGCAGCAGAUCACUGAAAAAACUGUACAAGAUGUCGAAAAUCAGUGGAGGCAAAAGCUUGAUAAAGCUUUAGAAGAUAUCAAAGCUAAAGUGGUGCAAGAUCUAGACAACCAGGCUGUUCAGACAGAUGAGAUCCUGAAUGGAGAUCUGACUGCGGAACUGAAGUCUAAACUCCAAGAUGCUUUUCAAGACAAAGAAAGAGCUGUUCGGGAGGUCCGAAGGGAACUUGAAAUGCAGCAUCGUGAGGAUAUUGCUAAGCAGGUAGAGUUGGCUCUAACAAAAGCUCGUACUCGAUGGGUGCACGAAAUGACAAGCUUGUCUGAAUACAAGGCAAAUGUGAAACUUGAAUAUGAAAAAUGGGAAAAACAGAAGGAACUUGAUGUAAAAAAGCAGAUAUCUGAAGCUAUUACAUCAGCUGAAGAAAACUGGAGAAUUAGGGGUGAUAAUGAUAACCUAAAGCAGAAGGAAUUUGAGGAGAAGAUGACACUUAUGGAAAGGGAACUUGAGCAGAAAAGCAAGGAAUACCAGGUGAUGUUAAACGCUGAGCUUGCAAAAGCACAUGCCCAGUGGGACAAAGAAAAACAUGAGGACAUUCAAAAAAUCCAGGCCAAAAAUGAAGCACAUUAUCGUGCAUUUUUAGACACGCAUCAGACUAAAAUCAAUGAAGUUCUUCUGUCAGCCAAAGAAGAUUAUGAGAAACAGAAUAACAAGCUGGUAGCGCAAAAAGAGGCUGAAAUGACAGAUCGAUUAAAUCAAAGCUUUAAAAAAUGGUCCUCUGAAGCAACACAGCGAUUACGUGACCAAGAGGCUAAUAUUUUAUCUGAAACGGAUCUUAUUUUGGGUGAAAUCCACGAUGAAUUGGUUGAGAAACGUGUGAACGAGAGAUUCAGCGUGUCAAGUACUUUAGACUCAAAAUUCCUUGAGAAGCUGAGAAGUUGCCUUCAGAAAGCCAUAAAAGAUAUUGUUUCCAAAGUUCUGACAAAGGCCAAGCUUGAAUGGAUUCAGACAAAUCGCGAGCAUAAUGUGGCACCAAGUGAGCAGGAAAGAUCUUCUGCAGAGAACAAAAGCAAUCAAAGGAUGACAAAGAGCCAUUUGGAGAGGCUAAGCAAUGGAAGCUCUCACACUUUGGCAAAUGUUGAAAGAAAAGAGGACAGCCAUGAAUAUAAAUGCUGUGAGCUUUGCUCAAGACAAAUUGACAAGUCCAAAAAAGAGUGUUAUGAACUGCGGAGCAAACUGGACAAGGCGUGUCGGCAUCUUCAACAUGCUGUAAAGGAGCAUAAGCUCAAGGCAGAGCAAUUUAAAGAAAAUGAAGCCAAUAUGAAGAAGCUAAGACAAGAAAAAGAUGAGCUGCUUGAAGAAAUAAAAUCCAUCCAAAUUCAGAAAAGCUUGCCGCCAGAAGGAGGCUCUGAAAACAGCUGUGCUUUCUGCAGAGGAAACGCCUUAGAAGAAAUGCGAGCUCAGUACAUUAAAGCUGUAGACAAAAUUAAAAAUGAUAUGCUUCGUUACAUUCACGAAAGUAAGGUGAGAGCAGCAGAGUUGUUGAAAUCUGAGGUUUUAAGAGAGCGCCAAGAAACUGCUCGCAAAAUGCGCAAAUAUUACUUGACCUGCCUACAACAACUCCUGAAGGAUGAUGGGAAGAAUGAAGGUGCUGAAAAGAAAAUAAUGAAUGCCGCAAGCAAACUUGCAACAAUGGCCAAAGUUCUAGAAACCCCGAUCUCUCAAAAAUGCCAAAGUAAAAACUUGCGAACAGCAUUGGAGCAAGAAAAAGAUGAUUCGCUGAAAAGUGUUCAAGGCUGGACAAACCACAGACGAAAAGACCAACAUAUAGAGCAAAACACAAUGAACGAGUUAAUCAAAAAGCAUGCCAGAGAGAAGACCAGUGGGGGCGAUGUCAAUGAUGCUGAGGAACCACCUGCCACCAAAAACGACAAUGCUUCAAGGAAGCUUGAUAUGGAUCACCCAGACCCCAAAAAUCUCCACAUGGGUGUCUUACAUUCUGUGGCUUCUCCGUUCCCCAAUCAAACAUCUUCAGAAAAAGCACACGUUUUUAGCUGUUCUGAUUCCAAAGCACAGUGCGUUCAGGGAACAUAUCAUGGUCACGGCGAACCAUCUUUUUUACAAGACGUUAAAGAUUAUCGCUUUUGUGAUGAACCAAAGACUAAAUUGGAUAAACAAAGGUUUGACCUUCAGGAAACCCCUGUGCGAGAUGAAAAUGCAAGUAACGAAUGGAGCUGUGUCAGCAGUAAAGGGCCGAUUCCGUCACAGUCUGCACAGUGUUCGUUAAAUAGCUUUAAUGUGCCGCCGCAUAUCUCUAAUACUCUUGAGAAUUUUACCGCAUCAGGUUUAUGUUCUCUUGUGCAGGGAAUUCAUGAUCCAGUUGGCAGGGAAUAUGAAGGUCAGCAUUACUCUGCACGCACAGUAAAAAGAAAAGAUCAAAAUCCUGGUACACAGCAUUCUAUUAACGUGGGACUCCAUCUUCCAUCUGUUGAGAACUGUCCAGAAUCUAAGCUAUAUUUGGAUGUAGGUCGUGGCAGUAAACUACUUUCAAGGAAACUCCUGAAGAAUUUUGCAUCUCCUCAACAGGACAGUGGAUUUGAUAGCCCAUUUACUAACUUUGAUAGCUUCAACGAAUAAAUGGAAUUUCACUGUGGCAAGUUCAUUUCUGCCGAGUUGGGCUUUAAAAACUGUGUAGCUAUCAAAACGAACAGAAUAUUUAUAACAUUAAUAUUGUGUGACAUAUUUGUUAUGAAGAAACUUUUCCUCUACCUGUAUGUGUAUGAUCUGUGUGUUAAGACUUAUUUUUAUAUGUAUAUUUAUGAUUGUUUUUAUUUAUAGAUUUUUUUAUUAAAGAUUUGUUAUA